UUAAACCCCACACCACGCCCACGCCGUAGCGGAGAGGAGAAGAGAGGACCGAGCGAGCGAUCGAUGUCGGGCUCCGGCGAUCGUCGCGGCGGCGGGCCUCCUGGACCCGAUGGUGGCUGGAAAACCAAGGGGAAGAACUCGAAGAAACACGGGCAAGUAGGCGGGAGCCAAUGGACACCGGGGAGUUCCACAAAUGCGACACCUAGUACAGCAAGGCCAGCAUGGGGUGGCAAUGGCUCCUCGCACCCUUCUGGAAGGACUUGGGCUCAAGCUUCAGAUCGUGGUGCUGGCAACAGAUGCAAUCCUAGACCGCCACCACCAACACUGCGCCCUGUUGUGACUCCACCUCUGGCAAAUGGUUGGCAGUGGCAAUCCAGGCCUCGUCCAUCUGGUUCUGAAGUCGAGAAGGAUGAUGCUUCUCCAUCUGGUUCUGACCCUGAGGUGGAGAAUGUUGAUGGCAACAAUGCAUCAGAUGAUGAUGAUGAUUUGAGUGAUGAUAUCAGUGAUGAAUAUGAUUCUGAUGCAAGUGAGAAAAGUUUUGAGACUCUAAAAACAAACAAGUGGUUCAAAAAAUUCUUUGAAAAAUUGAAUACAUUGAGUGUGGAACAGAUAAAUGAACCGGCUAGGGAGUGGCAUUGCCCAGCAUGCAAAAAUGGACCUGGGGCAAUUGACUGGUACAGAGGGCUGCAACCUUUAAUGACUCAUGCUAGAACAAAGGGUUCUAAAAGGGUUAGGCUUCACAGAGAAUUAGCUGCAUUGCUGGGAGAGGAGCUCUCUCGCAGGGGAACUUCAGUGGUACCAGCGGGUGAACAAUUUGGGAAAUGGAAAGGACUGCAAGAAAGCACUGAUCGGGAGAUAGUGUGGCCACCAAUGGUUAUUGUUAUGAACACCUUAUUGGAAAAAGAUGACGAUGAUAAGUGGAAGGGCAUGGGGAACCAAGAGCUCCUUGAUUAUUUUGGAGAAUAUGCAGCAACUAAAGCACGUCAUGCAUAUGGUCCCUCUGGGCACCGUGGUAUGAGCGUGUUAAUAUUUGAAAGCUCAGCUGUGGGCUACAUGGAAGCUGAACGUCUGCAUAGGCACUUUGUUAAUCAAGGUACAGACAGGAAUGCAUGGCAGCUCAACAAGGCUCGAUUCGCACCUGGUGGGAAAAGGCUGCUAUUUGGUUUCUUAGCGAGCAAAGAGGAUAUGGAGGCUUUUAACAAGCAUUGCCAUGGUAAAAGCCGUAUGAAGUAUGAGAUGAAGUCUUACAAUGAGAUGGUCGUGAUGCAAAUGAAACAGAUGAGUGAAGACAACCAGCAACUGAAUUACCUGAAGAACAAGGUGGUUAAGACAGAGCAGCACUCUAAAGCAGUAGAAGAAUCAUUGGGUGUUGUUAGCCAGAAGCUACGUGAGACUAUGGAAGAGAAUAUAUUUAUCAGGAGUAAAGCAAAAGAGAAGCACUUGGAGUAUGAGCAAGAGAUGAAGUACCAGGAGGAAUUUUUUCAUAGUCAAAUUGAGGAUAUUCACAAGGCCACGGAGGACAAAGAAAAGCUGUUUGAGAAGUUGCUGCAGGAGGAGCGCUCAAAGGCUAGACGAUUUGAUGUAGAUUCUGGAACUACCGAAGAUCGCAAGCUAAGGAAGGAACAUGUACAGAAGUUCAUUGAUUGCCAGGUCAAGGAUGUGGAAAAGUUUGAAGCUGAGCGGGAUGAGUUGAUCAAAGUCCACGAUGAGACGAAGAUGAGGCUCAAGAAAGAGUACAUGGAGAAGGAGCUGGAGCUGGAGAAGGAGCUCGACGCAGCCCUGACGGGCCUGAUGGAGAAGCACAAGCCAGAUAGCUUUGAGGCCUCCAGCUCGUAAAGGGGCUUCAGCGGCUUACCUCAGAUCCUCAUCAGCUUGGAGGAGCAAUCUUGUAGAUGCUCCUGCUUAUCCAUAAAAGAAUGCCUAGACAUUCUGUAGAUGUUGCUAAACCAUGGUGUCCCUGUGGUGGCAGCACCGAGUUAUAUGGUCGCCGUAGUGGUAUCUCAAUCGUAUUGUGUGCUUCGAGGAUCUGAACACUGAGCGUUUUGCCCGUGAUGGCAUAUGGGUCAAACUACCUGGAGUGUGCUUUGGUUUGAAUGCGGGUGUUGGUUUUGCCUUUCUUAUGCCCCGGAUCAUUACUGAUUAUGUUGCUCCGGUCAUCAAAGUGUCUGAUUCAGCCAUCCGAGGAAGGUCGGUUUUAUGUGUUUUGUUUCUUUGUGCA